CAUCAUCAUCUAAAAGUCCUCGUCAUGGAUCUGAGCAACAGGUCCCAGUAUAACCCCUCCAUCCUCCACAUGGAGCUCGCAACCUUCAAUGACUUCAUCCUGGACGAGAAUGAAACCAACUCCACAGUCGGAGAGAGGCACACCACGUUUGCCUGCGUGCAGAUCCGCAUCCCUCAGGAGCUCUUCCUGGCUCUGGGUCUCAUCAGCCUGGUGGAGAACAUCCUGGUGAUCCUGGCCAUCAUCAAGAACCGCAACCUGCAUUCGCCCAUGUACUACUUCAUCUGCUGCCUGGCUGUCUCCGACAUGCUGGUGAGCGUCAGCAACGUGGUGGAGACCAUCUUCAUGCUCCUGAACGACCACGGCCUGAUGGACGUGCACCCAGGUAUGCUGCGCCACCUGGACAACGUCAUCGACGUGAUGAUCUGCGGCUCGGUGGUGUCCUCGCUCUCCUUCCUGUGCACCAUCGCCGCGGAUCGAUACAUCACCAUCUUUUACGCGCUGCGCUACCACAGCAUCAUGACCACGAGGCGCGCGGUCGUCAUCAUCGCGGUGGUGUGGCUGGCCAGCAUCGUGUCCAGCAUCCUCUUCAUCGUGUACCACACGGACAACGCGGUGAUAGUGUGCUUGGUCACCUUCUUCUGCAUCACCUUGGUGUUCAACGCGGUGCUCUACCUGCACAUGUUCCUCCUGGCGCAUGUGCACUCCAGGCGCAUCGUGGCCUUCAACAAGAACAGACGUCAGUCCACGAGCAUGAAGGGUGCGAUGACUCUCACCAUCCUUCUAGGGGUCUUCAUUGUGUGCUGGGGGCCAUUCUUCCUCCACCUCAUCCUCAUCCUCACCUGUCCCACUAGUCCCUUCUGCAACUGCUUCUUCAGAAACUUUAACCUUUUCCUCAUCCUCAUCAUCUGCAACUCGCUCAUCGACCCGCUCAUCUAUGCCUACAGGAGCCAGGAGCUGCGUAAAACCCUGCAGGAGCUGGUGCUGUGCUCCUGGUGCUUCGGUGUGUGACAUCUAGGAGAUGGACGAGAGCAGCAGGCCAUGACUGAUGCAUGCUUGAACUGGCAGAUGAGGUAUCUCUGGUAAAUACUUUUGUGCGUCUCAUCGUGGGAUUUGUGACUAUUUGGGUGCACAUGCAGGUCCCUGCACUGUGAAAUACCUGGACUCUUUAAAUCCAACAAAGACUCUCACGAGAAAUCCUGUGAUUGAAAACCUUUCUUAUUAAGACAUUCAGUAGGUUAUUUACGUUUUAGGACAUUUAGGAAGAGGAGGAGGAGGAGAACAUCAGGUCAUCAAACAUGUGGGCUAUACCUCUUCUUCCUGACUGAUGCAUGCUUGAACUGGCAGAUGAUGUAUCUCUGAUAUGCAUGUUGGGUGCA